AUACGUGCAGGGAUUUGGCAAACCGCCAUUACGAGUGUGCGGGAUGGGAAGAAUUUAUAUAUACUGUGUGAAUGCUUAAUCAUACUUUUCACUACGAGUUAUUGUAAUUAAUGUAUAUUAUUAUUAGGAUACUCAUUUGGCAGUCAGAGUAACAUUUAGUUAAUUUUAAGAGAUACAGGAUCCGUUGGUGAGCUGCAGGAGGGGGCGUGUUCGUUACGCAAGGACAGUACUUUAAAGCAGUGCAUGCGCCACACUUUUUGUAAUUUACUCUCUUUACUUUAUUGUGACCUUUCUUAAGUUCAGUUGCUGUCGUUUGUGGGAUCUCCUCAAACUAGAGCAUUGAUUUAAACAUCUCUAAACAGAGUCAGGAUUCAGCAGUAAAGAUGGCAGCCUCUCUACUCAGGGUAGGACGACUUGGAUCUCUCAGGCAUCUGCAGGCGGAGAGCUUGAGUUUAAGAGCUCCAGUUGUCGCUCUCAGUUCAAAAUCUGGGGACAGCAAGAAGUCCAAAAAGUCCAACAAAGAAAAGGGGGCUUCAAAUACGUACUUCGAUAUACAAAAACUUGUCCAGCACAAAGCGUAUGUGGAAUUCCCCAAGAAGGAGGUUGCAGCCCCAGCUGCUGCUGCCUUUACAGAAGCUGCAUCUGCUGCUACGCCUGCCCCUGAGCCAGUUGUGACUGCCACUGCAGUGCCUGCUGCAGCAGAAGCACCAGCCACUACUGCUGAAGCUGCUGCCCCUGCAUCUGAAGUCACUAGCCUUGGAGCCAAAGCCACUGCCCCUUCAGUUGAAAGUGCUGCUCCUGCAGCUGAAGUCGCUGCAGUUGAAAGUGCUGCUGCUGCACCUGAAGCCGCUGCCCCUGCAGCUGAAGCCGCUGCAGUUGAAAGUGCUGCUCCUGCAGCUGAAGCCGCUGCAGUUGAAAGUGCUGCACCUGCAGCUGAAGCCACUGCUCCUGCAGCUGAAGUUGCUGCCAUUGAAAAUGCUGCUCCUGUAGCUGAAGCCGCUGCAGUUGAAAGUGCUGCACCUGCAGCUGAAGCCACUGCAGUUGAAAGUGCUGCACCUGCAGCUGAAGCCGCUGCAGUUGAAAGUGCUGCAGCUGAAGCCGCUGCAGUUGAAAGUGCUGCACCUGCAGCUGAAGCCACUGCUCCUGCAGCUGAAGCUGCUGCCAUUGAAAGUGCUGCUCCUGUAGGUGAAGCCGCUGCAGUUGAAAGUGCUGCUCCUGCAGCUGAGCCCGCAGAACCUGUUGUUGAAUUUUCCCCACCUGUUGCUGAAGUUUCUGCAGCUGAAGCCAUUUCUGAUGUUGCACCAGCUUCUGAAGCUGCACCUUUAGAAGGACCACCUGCCCAAGAACCACUUGCUGAAGCUGCCCCUGUUGUAGAGGCAACAACCGAAAUAGUUUUAGAAUCUGUUGCUGAAGCUACCCCCAUUGAGCCUGUUGUAGAGUCUGUUGUAGAAGCAUCUCCUAUUGAAGAGCUGGUCGAUUCUGCCCCUGUGAUCACAGAUGCUACUGAUCCAGCUGAAGUUGUGGAGACGCCAGAGGCUGGAUUAGACCCCAUUCAGAAACUUUUCCUAGAUGCAAUUCGCUCAUACUCUACACAGAGCAAUACUGCUGGUGGUCUAGUUGAUGCAGGUCCUGAGUACCAGAAGGCUCUUGCUGAGGAAAUAACUAAAUUGCAGCGGUUGUAUGGUGGUGGAGACCUGACCUCCUUUCCAGAGUUUAAAUUCUCUGAACCUAAAUUUGACGACGUGUCCUCCAAGUAAACAUCGUAUAUUUGUAUGUUUUCCUCUCCUGUGCCUCAAUGCAAUUUUGUGGCAGAAGUCUAUGAAAUAACUUCUUUCAUUGUUAAAAGUGAAACAUUUAGCAAAAUUAUUUUGUGACUCUGAAUAGCUGCUUUUUUUUAAAUCUCAUGUCUCAUUUAAAAAAAACUAUUUUAUGUAUUGAAUGCACAUGUGAUGGAAGACGGUAUAGCUUAGCUGUGAAAUAAAUGCUUUUUGCUUGCUGUAAGUUAUGUCAGAAAGUGUAUUUGAAAUAUUUGGGGUAAGAAUAAUGAAUAAACUGAGCCACACAUGA